AUGCACGCCCCCCAUCACCCGCCCCCUCCCCGUCCGUACCCCCCGUGCCCACUCCGCCGCACUCUACUCCCCUUCCGCCGAUUAGGCCAACACCCCGCCCAACGCCAGACCCGCCCGAAACCUUCCACCUCCCAACCCGGGACUACCCCCCACCUCCCCCCACCCCAUCCCCCACUACCAUACAACGCCCAACAGCCUCCGAAUAUCUGCGCCUCUCCGAUCAAACGACCUCGAAUCAUCCCCAACUACACCCUCCCCUUCCCCUCGGCCGCACACACCGACCACAUACAUCGCAAAUUUCAUCCUCACAAACGACAGCAACUCACAACCCCCCCCCCGCCCAAAACAGACAAACCACCAAACCCAGAUACCAACAACGUAACUCGACUCGGGCGGGAUCAUUUCUGUCACCACCCGGAUACCUGUGCCCCACGCCUCGGCGCCCCCACAUCCACCAGACCGCCCCCAACACCCCUGCACGCCACAGAAACAAAAACGCGACAAACCAACCACCACCGACACCACCACUCACGGUCAACCCCCACCCCCACCGCCGACGCACACCAAGCACCAAAAAGCCGCAGCACGAACAACCCCAACCCCACCAAAACCCGCCACGCCCCCCACCCCCCCAACCCCCCCGAUCGAACACCCCCACACACGAAAAACAACCCCACAAAUCCAAGCCCCACACCACAAAAAAACCACACGCGCUAG